AUGAAGGUGAAGCGGGCGGAACAACCUGACAGGAAAGAAAGAGAAAAGGAGAAGAAAAAACUGGCCCCAGAGCAGAAGAUGGACUAUCGCCCCUCCCGAGCUCCCGAUCGCCCGAGUUUUGGGGGUGCACGUGGAAGCCCGGAUAAGAAUUAUUUACUGCGUCCUCCCCCGCUGAAAUCUCCACCCAACACUCGAAGCAAAAAGAAGUAUUGCCGUUUUCACCACGACCACGGCCAUGAUACUGAGGAUUGCAUCCAACUGAAAGAAGAAAUACAAGAGCUUAUCAACCGAGGAUACCUUCAGGAUUUCGUAGGUCGAGGAGGUACGAGCUCGGGCAAGGUAGAAUCCAAGUCGGAGCAUCGAGGGAGGUCUCCUACUCGAGAUCGCUUUCGAGAGCGAAGCCGAACACCGCCCCAGAGAGAAGGAAAGCAGCCCACCGAGAAGGGGGGACAGAAGUUUAUCUUAUACACGCUGGCGGCAGGGACAGUUCCAGGGUCCCACUCAACUGCUCCCAAGAGCACGGUAAAGGAAGGGGUGGUCAUCACUUUCUCUGAGGAGGAUCUUCCGAGUUAUCCCAGCUAUUUGGACCCUCUGGUGAUCACUGCUCAAGUGGGAGAGUGGGAGAUGAGGCGAAUCCUCGUGGAUCCAGGUAGCUCUUAA